AUGUCGCAGCCAACCAUCUCCCAAGGCCGUAAGGGUGAGCAGGCGGGUGAUCAGGCGAACGCAAAAAAAGGCGGUGGGCGUCGAAAGAGAGGUGGUAAGAAAGCACAAUGCGCCACCGAGGAACGGCGCAAGCUCCUAGAUGGCUUCACCGCGGACAUUCUAGGUGAGAAUGACGACGGUACGGAAACGUCCGCCGAUCCGAACGGCUAUGCGGUCGAUAAUGUGGCGCACGGUGAACAGGCGGUGUUUGGUGUGGCGAAUGAUGACGGUUCAUAUCGCGACGAGACGUAUGGCGAGAAGGUGGUUGGUGAAGCGGACAAAGGCGAAGCGGACGGAGGCGAAGCGGACGAAGGGGAAGCGGACGAAGGGGAAGCGAACGAAGGGGAAGCGGACGACGGCAAAGCGAACGAAGGCGAAUCGGACGAAGACGAAGCGGACGAAGGCGAAUCGGACGAAGGCGAAGCGGACGAAAGCGAAGCGGACAAAGGCGACACGGACGAAGGCGAAGCGGACGAAGGGGAAGCGGACGAAGGCGUAGCGGACGAAGGCGAAGCGGACGAAGGCGAAGCAGACGAAGGCAAGGAGGGGGAAGGCGAGGAGGGGGAAGGUGAAGGGGCAGAAGGCGGAGAGGCGGAAGGCGUAGGAGCUGUUGGCGAGGAGGCGGAAGGCGAAGGGGCGGAAGGUGGGGAGUGGGAUGGCGAAGAGGGGGAAGGCGAAGAGGGGGAAGGCGAAGAGGGGGAAGGCGAGGAGGGGGAAGGCGAAGAGGGGGAAGGCGAGGAGGUGGAAGGGGAAGAGGGGGAAGGCGAGGAGGGGGAGGGCGAAGAGGGGGAAGGCGAGGAGGGGGAAGGCGAAGAGGGGGAAGGCGAAGAGGGGGAAGGCGAAGAGGGGGAAGGCGAAGAGGGGGAAGGCGAAGAGGGGGAAAGCAUACGGGCUGUAGAUGGGGCCGGAGAGGAGGCGGAAGGCGAGCAGGCGGAAGGAGAGGAGGCGGAUGGGGUCCAGGCAGAUGGCGAGAAUGUGGGCGAAGGCUUGUCCGAUUACUCCAAUUUUAGUGCAGAGGAGAGAACUAAUGGGCGGCGGACACGCGUACAAGCACUCAGCCGCGGGUCGACGCUGGAUGAGGAUGAAGAAGCUGCACGAGUGGUGAAGAAAGGGCGGUUUAUGAUUCUGGGGGCCGCACCGGAUGAUACGCAACAGUGCGGUAAUGGGCGUGGCGGAGAAGCAAAGGAUAAACAAGGAGGGCAGACCAUGAAAGGGGCAUUGGCGGCGGCGAAGCCACCCACGAAGCACAGGAGAGGGAGGGUGGGAGCAGCAGCAGCAUCAACUGGGGUGAGGGUGGGAGCAGCAGCAGCGUCAACGAGAGGGAGGGUGGGAGGAGCAGCAGCAUCAACUGGGGUGAGGGUGGGAGGAGCAGCAGCGGCAUCGACUGGAGGGAGGGUGGGAGCAGCAGCGGCAUCGACUGGAGGGAGGGUGGGAGGAGCAGCGGCAUCGACUGGAGGGAGGGUGGGAGGAGCAGCGGCAUCGACUGGAGGGAGGGUGGGAGCAGCAGCGGCAUCGACUGGAGGGAGGGUGGGAGGAGCAGCGGCAUCGACUAGAGUGAGGGUGGGAGGAGCAGCGGCAUCGAGUGGAGGGAGGGUGGGAGCAGCAGCGGCAUCGACUGGAGGGAGGGUGGGAGGAGCAGCGGCAUCGACUGGAGGGAGGGUGGGAGGAGCAGCGGCAUCGACCGGAGGGAGGGUGGGAGGAGCAGCGGCAUCGACCGGAGGGAGGGUGGGAGGAGCAGCGGCAUCGACCGGAGGGAGGGUGGGAGGAGCAGCGGCAUCGACUGGAGGGAGGGUGGGAGGAGCAGCGGCAUCGACUGGAGGGAGGGUGGGAGGAGCAGCGGCAUCGACUGGAGGGAGGGUGGGAGGAGCAGCGGCAUCGACUGGAGGGAGGGUGGGAGCAGCAGCAGCAUCUACUGGAGUUUUCAGGCCCAGGGGUACCACUACUGUAAGGACGCUGCCUCCAGGGCCCACGGCUUUGGCUGCCGUAUCAAUUAGGGUGGCGCAGACGCAGUGGGUAUCACGAGCGGAGUUUACGGCGCUUAGGAAGGAGAUGCUCCAACAGUUUGAGAGCCUCAGGGCUCAAGGAGUCGCGGUUCCUGCUCAAGGACUUGCGUCGCAGGGCAGCGACGCAACAACAGGCGUUCCUCGCCCUCCAAGUCGGAGUGCCGGACAAAUCGCUCUGGAAAUGGUGAUCGUCGAUGCUGGAGACUGGAAGUGCUCUCCCUUCCUGCCUUGUCUCGCUGCUCCUCUGCACUCACCAUGCCAUGCCUGUAGUGCUCCUAACCCUUGCUCUCUCCCCCCCUCCUCUGUCACAUGCUCUCUCCCCCCCUCCUCUGUCACAUGCUCUCUCCCCCCCUCCUCUGUCACAUGCUCUCUCCCCCCCUCCUCUGUCACAUGCUCUCUUCCCCCCUCCUCCGUCACAUGCUCUCUCCCCCCCUUCUCUGUCACAUGCUCUCUCCCCCCCUCCUCUGUCACAUGCUCUCUCCCCUCCUCUGUGACAUGCUCUCUCCCUUCCUUCUGUCACAUGCUCUGUCCCCUCCUCUGUCACAUGCUCUGUCCCCUCCUCUGUCACAUGCUCUGUCCCCUCCUCUGUCACAUGCUCUGUCCUCUCCUCUGUCACAUUCGGUCCCCUCCUCUGUCACAUUCUGUCCCCUCCUCUGUCACAUUCUGUCCCCUCCUCUGUCACAUUCUGUCCCCUCCUCUGUCACAUGCUCUGUCCCCUCCUCUGUCACAUGCUCUGUCCCCUCCUGCUCUGACCACUCCCGUGCUCUCCCCUCCUACUCUGUCCCAUCCCGUGCUUUUACCUCCUGAUCUGUCCUUCCCUUGCUCUCCCCUCCUGCUCUGUCCCCUCCCUUGCUCUCCCCUCAUGCUCUGUCUCCUCCCAUGCUCUCCCCUCCUGCGCUGUCCCUUCCCGUGCUCUCACCUCCUCUAUCACAUGCUCUGUCCCCUUCUCUGUCCCCUCGUCUAUCACAUGCUCUGGCAGAUGAGUGGGGGCUGA